UUUUUUUUUUCUUUCAGUCAUCCUUUCUAUUUGAUCUGUUUGAGAACCCCUUUGUCAAGAACUGAAUGGACAAUUGCAAGGCAUUUAAGGAUAGAGACUUGAUUGGUAUCUGUCGUCAUUUGCUGCACUAUUGUGAAACCUAUAUCAAUACAACUCCCUCUAUUACCACCGAACACGCUGCUGCUUUUCAUUCUUUUUUACCUUCUUUACUCACCUAUAUCUUUGGAUCACCUACUAUCAGGGGAUGGUUACAGACAGAUACGCGUCCUGAUCAAGAUGAUGCUAUUCGACAACUACUUGAUCCAAAAAGUUCCUUUGUGGUAGCACUUAUCAAACUUGGAACUCGCUCUGAAUAUUGUUACGAUAUGGCUACCGAGAAGUUUCCUGAUGACAUUCGCAAAGCUCUGACAGCUGGUGCCAUUCAAUACUUACCCCGGGUUUAUGAAAAUUGUGCUUUUCUGGAUGUAUCAAAAGUAACGAAAUCUGUGGAUCUACGAGCAGCAGCAACAAGACAAUCCUCCAUUUUCCCGCGACCAUCUAUAGGCGAAUUUCGUAUCAGACUUAAUAUGAUUCAGUUUUAUCUUUUCUAUAUGGUAACUGUACCCACAUGGCCACCGCUAACUCCUCCUCCAACUCUUUCGACUACAACUACAACAAUAAAGUCUCCUUAUGCUUCGACAAAUAGUUCUUCUUAUUCAAGACCAAUUGGAAUAUCAGCACCUGCCACAACUACAGCAAAUACAACUUUGGACACAAGAAACGAUCUACCCUAUCUACUUCCUGGCCGUUUGCGUCCUCUUGUAGCAAGUGUUUAUGGUGAACUGAUUCAAAAAUAUAUGUCGGUUUAUAUACCUUGUGUGACCAAUGAUACAACAGCAUAUCCAACAGGUGUAGGUACAUUUUUCUUGGACUGUUUGAUUGAACUAUGGAUUCGGACGAUCUGGAUAUCCCCUUCUCAGAAACUUUCCAUCGAUUAUAUACAGUAUUUGGCCACAUUCUUGAAAUAUAUUGUAAGUGGCGAUUUACGACGAUGUGCAACCUAUCGAAGGAACAACAAGAUUAAAACAGCUUAUGACGAUAUCUAUUAUGUAAUCAAGGAUGAAUUAUAUCUGCUUCUCUCUCGUCUAUCACUUAACUGGAGAAAACAAGAUGAUUACAUUUGGGUUUUAAAUCUAUGGACAAUAUGGGCUGCUCCUUGGCGAUUUGGAAAAGACUCUGUGACAACGACAACUAAGGAACAACUUUACACUGAUGGAUCACCAAGUACGAAAACAACGUCGACCCUACAAUCUUCAACAACUGCAACAUCUUCACCAAUACCAUCUUCUUCAUCAUCACCAUUGAAUGAAGGUUGGUCGUUCUUUAUACUGGAAAAUGCAUGGUAUUAUUUUACACUAGUGGAUCAAUUUUUACAACGCACAUCAACAUUUACCUAUCCCGAUAAAGCACGCCCAUCAUCAUCAUCAUCAUCAUCAUCAUCAUCAUCAUCACUUGCAAAAGGACCUUCUACAUUUAUGAAUACGGGUUCAACACCUUUAGCACGUCCUCCUAUAUAUCCGACAAGUAUGACAUCAACAACAGUACCAACAAUAACUGCAACAACGACAACUGGGUCAUCAACAAGACCAAAUCAACCUCUGGAAGGAAGCACUAUAUAUGGAGAACUAGAUAUUGUGUUACAGUUGAUCAACAUGUGGAAAACGAAGGAUAUCGUCAAACUGUUAGGACUUAUUGAGGAUGGAUUGGAAAUAGUGGCAUAUGAAUCAACAUCAUCAGUAUCAUCAUCAUCACCAUACCGUUCGCAACUCUCAUCCCUUUUAAAUACGACAAAAAGUAAAUUCAACAAUGCGGUCUCUUCUACUAUAUAUAACCAACAACAACAACAAACAGAUGAUGAUAUAUUGACUGCUCUUGCUACAAUAUGCUGCGAUGGCAAUGGAUCGACCAUGGAAACUAUCAAACAGCAUUUAAGAACUAUACGUGAUCGGAUACUGUCCUUAUCAUCCACAAAUGACCAACUUUGGCGACCAAGCAACAUUUAUUCCUUACGCAGGCAACCACGAUUGGACAGUUUGACAAAGACAAUGACCAGUAUUGCCAAGGCUAUUGAUACUCGUCAGCAUACGACUCAAAAGGGACAUAUCAGCGGGCCAUCAUCAUGGACAACUUCAAUGCUUGGUACAACAAAAGCAUCAACACCUCCAACUCAUGAAAUUCGGGCAUUGACGAAUACAGUGAUUGACUUGUCUAAUUUAUUACAGUUACCUUUGCCUGAUUCCAGUUCAUCACUGACAAAAUCAUCAAUAACUUCAACAAGAAUGACUGAUGGUACUACCUUGGAGAAGACUGGAUCGUCAUUAUUGUCAUCAUCAACAAUCGAUCGACAUGUAGGACUCACACCAACUGUUACACUGCCACCGCCACCGCCAACGACAACAUUACCAAAGGAUCAAGAACAAGCCCAAUCUGCACGUUAUCAUCGGCUACGACCACUUUUACCAGCACUUGGUAUUCGUGCUGAAGAGCUUGUGCGUUCAUACGAAAACAUCUAUUUGGUACGGCAAGUGGUUCCUAUGGAAAGAUGCAUUAAUUCUUUGUAUCAUCACUGGGUAUAUAGAUGGCUUCCAAUUCUUCCGGAUCGUAUAUAUCUUCGAUGGCUUGCUGCUCCUGUCAACUUGGUUUAUUUUAUUUCCCUUUUAUAUAUAUUGUAUGUCAUAUUCUAGUUGAUUACUUUUUAUACACACAUUCCUCCAGUACAUUUAAUAGAACCACAUCAUCUCAUUUUCUUUCUCUCUCUUUUGUAUAUAUAUCUUUU